GAAGGCACCGAGCCGUCGCUCCGCCGAGGAAUAGUUGGCGGGAUCGAGCGAUGCUCCAGUUAAACUUCUGUUGCUGCUGCUUCUUCGCCUUCUUCUGCCGGCGAUGGUGGGCGUUGCUGCUCCUUCAGCUGCACAUGUUGCAAGCGCUGGCUCAAGAUGACGUUGCGCCCUAUUUCAAGACGGAGCCGGGCUUGCCCCAGAUUCAUCUCGAGGGAAAUCGUCUCGUGCUCACGUGCCUGGCAGAAGGAAGCUGGCCUUUGGAAUUUAAGUGGCUGCAUAACGACACGGAAACCACCGCCUUCUCCAGCGAAUACAAGUACGCCAUCCCAUCCUUGCAAAGAUCCGAUGCUGGCUUUUAUCAGUGUGUGGUGAGGAACAGAAUGGGGGCACUCUUGCAACGAAAAUCCGAAGUCCAAGUGGCAUACAUGGGGAAUUUCCUGGAUGUCGACCAGAGGAAAACAGUGUCUCAAGGGCAAGCUGCGGUGCUCAACUUCCCGCACAUCUCCAGCUACCCUCGACCUCAAGUGACUUGGUUUAGAGAUGGCCACAAGAUUAUCCCAAGCAGCAGAAUAGCGAUCACUGUAGAGAAUCAGUUGGUCAUCCUUGCAACAACGGCGGCGGACGCAGGGGCCUACUAUGUCCAGGCGGUCAAUGAAAGAAAUGGAGAGAACAAGACAAGCCCAUUUAUUUUCCUGAGCGUGACAAGUAGCACAGACCCUUCAGAACCGCAAUCUCCUGUGAUUGUAAUACCGCCGGUCAAUACUAGCGUGGUAGCCGGAAGCAGUGAAGUCGUUCUGGAAUGUGUAGCCAAUGGCAGGCCUAUGGAGAAAUUAAGCAUAGCCUGGAAGAAAAAUGGAGUCAAAAUAACCAGCGGAGUUAGCAGUUUUGGGAGACGCCUCACCAUCGCCAACCCAACCUCCGCUGACAUUGGGAUGUACGUCUGCGAGGCGCAGCUGAGAGAGAGCCCGGCAGAGCCAGAGAGAGCGAAAGCUUUCCUGUCUAUCCUGGAGCCGCCAUAUUUUACCAUUGAACCAGAAACCCGAAUUGUGGCCGAAGUGGAGAAGACAGUGGAUAUCUUAUGCCGGGCAAUGGGAGUCCCACUUCCUGCUCUGGUGUGGUACAAGGAUGCUGUCCCUGUUCACAAGCUGUCGAACCCUCGCUACAAAGCCCUCCUCAACGGAAGUCUUCAGAUCCAGCAGCUGCAGCCCGAUGACUCUGGAAUCUUUCAGUGUGUUGCGAAGAAUGAAGCUGGGGAGAUUCUGAGUUCUACCUUCCUUGAUGCUACCAAUAUCGCGCCCACUUUUAUCCAUCCGCCAGCGGACACAACAGUUACAGAAGGGAUGACUGCAGUUUUAAGAUGCGAAGUUUCAGGGGGCCCCAAGCCUGCUAUUGCAUGGAAACGGGGGAGCCAGACUUUGGCCAGCGGCUCGGUUCAGAUCCCUCGGUUCAUUCUCCUCGAAUCCGGUGGGCUCCAGAUAACACCCGUCUUCCUGCAAGAUGCUGGUAACUACACAUGCUGCGCAGUCAACUCCGAAGGAGACCUGAACGCUUCUGCCGCUCUCACCGUGUGGAAUCGCACUUCCAUCGUCCACCCUCCGGAGGACAGCACCGUUAUUAAGGGGACCACAGCUACAUUGCGCUGCGAGGCGGCCCACGACCCAAGGAUUUCAAUCAGGUAUGUUUGGAAGAAGGACAACGUUGUCAUAAAUCCAUCUAGCAGCUCCCGAAUCGCCAUCGAGACAGACGGGACCCUCAUCAUUAGCCAGACAUGGUCCGGUGACAUCGGGGACUAUACGUGUGAGGUCACUUCCUUUGGAGGAAACGAUUCCAGAGUGGCUCGGAUGGAAGUGAUUGAACUGCCUCACCCCCCUCAAAACCUUCUGGCCACCUUGAAUUCUUCCUUCAGCCGCAGCGUGAUCCUUUCUUGGGUGCGCCCCUUUGACGGAAACAGCCCUGUGCUUUACUACAUCGUAGAGCUCUCCGAGAACAACUCUCCAUGGAAAGUGCACCUACCUGAUAUCGAUCCAAAGAUGACCAGCAUCACUGUGGGUGGACUAACGCCGGCCCGCACCUACCAAUUUCGAGUGUGUGCCGUUAACCAGGUGGGCAAGGGCCAAUACAGCAGAGAGACCAGCAGAUUGAUGCUACCUGAAGAACCGCCAAGUGCUCCACCUAAAAACAUCGUGGCUAGUGGACGGACCAAUCAGUCUAUCAUGGUCCAGUGGCAACCGCCUCCCGAAAGCGAACACAACGGGGUUCUCCAUGGAUACAUCCUCCGGUACCGCCUGGCAGGUCUCCCCGGGGAGUACCAAUACAAGAACAUCACCAGCGCGGAGAUUAACUACUGCUUGAUCCAAGACUUGAUCAUCUGGACUCAGUAUGAAAUCCAGGUAGCCUCGUACAACGGAGCUGGCCUGGGCGCCUUCAGCAGAGCAGUCACGGAAUACACUUUGCAAGGAGUGCCUACAGCGCCCCCGCAGAACGUCCAAGCAGAAGCUGUGAACUCGACUACCAUUCGGUUCCUGUGGAACCCUCCUCCACAGCAGUUCAUCAAUGGGAUCAACCAAGGAUACAAGCUCCUGGCCUGGCCGAUCGAUUCGCCCGACACGCUGACCACUGUCACCAUCACUCCUGAUUUCCACGGCGUUCACAGUGGCUACAUCACCAACUUGAAGAAAUUCACCGCCUACUAUACGUCAAUCCUUUGCUUCACCACCCCGGGGGACGGGCCGCGGAGCCCACCGUUGCUGCUGAAGACUCAUGAAGACAAGCCAGGAGCUGUGGGGCAUUUGAGUUUCACGGAGAUUCUGGACACUUCGCUCAAGGUCAGCUGGCAAGAACCUGUGGAGAAAAACGGCAUCAUUACAGGCUACCAAAUCUCCUGGGAGGUCUAUGGCAGGAACGAAUCCCGUCUCGCUCGCACUCUCGCUAACACAACCCUUGAGGACAAAAUUACAGGCUUGUCGUCUCUCACCACCUACACAAUCGAGGUGGCGGCGAUGACAGCAAAAGGGACCGGCGCAGUCACUUCCUCCACCAUCUCAUCAGGCGUCCCCCCAGAGCUUCCCGGCGUGCCAUCCAAUUUAGUCAUCUCCAACAUCAGCCCUCGCUCCGCCACGCUUCAGUUCCGGCCUGGAUAUGAUGGAAAAACCUCCAUCUCCAAAUGGAUAGUGGAGGGCCAGGUCGGCGUAAUAGGAGAGGAAGAGGAAUGGGUGACUCUGUGCGAGGUGGAGAAAGAGUCGGAUGCUCAGACGCUGGAGAUCCCAAACCUCACACCUUAUACAUAUUACAGGUUCAGGAUGAGGCAGGUGAACAUCGUCGGGCAGAGCCCUCUCAGCCAGCCAUCUCGCAUCAUCCAAACGCUCCAGGCACCACCGGACGUUGCGCCAGGGAGCGUGACCGUGCGCACGGCCAGUGAGACCAGCUUGUGGGUCCGGUGGGUGCCUCUCCCUGAUACACAAUAUAAUGGAAAUCCCGAGUCGGUAGGCUACAGGAUCAAAUACUGGCGUGCGGAUGCGCAGUCUCCGGUGCUCGUAAAGGUCAUUGGCGAUCGUCUGGAAAGGGACCACACAAUCGAGGAUCUUCAGGAGUGGAUGGAAUACGAGUUGCAGAUCCAAGCAUUCAACGCCAUUGGGGCAGGGCCCUGGAGCGAGGUGGUUCGAGGCUGCACCCGGGAGUCAGUUCCUUCGGCUCCCCCUGAGAACGUGUCGGCCGAAGCUGUGAGCUCCACUCAGAUCCUCCUGACAUGGGCAGCCGUGCCUGAACCGGAACAAAACGGGCUUAUUCUUGGCUACAAGGUUUUGUUUCGGGCGAAAGACACAGAAAGCAAACUGAGCAGUCAAGUGGUACGGGGAAACCACACCCUUUCCUUCCUUCUGGCUGGGCUGCGCAAGUAUGUGCUUUACCAGAUUCAGGUGCUGGCCUUCACACGCAUUGGCGACGGGGUUCCCAGCUCUCCUCCAAUCAUCGAGAGGACGAAAGAUGAUGCCCCAGGCCCCCCUGUGAGGUUGGUGUUUCCCGAGGUGAGAUUGACGUCUGUCCGUGUCGUUUGGCAACCUCCUGAAGAGCCCAACGGGAUUAUUCUUGGAUAUCAAAUUGCAUACCGAUUGGCAAGCAACAGCCCCAACAAGUUCAUCACAGUAGAAGUCGGCUCUACGGUCAGACAGUUUAUGGCCACUGACCUCCUCCCCGAAUCGGCGUACAUCUUCCGGGCGUCUGCCAAGACCCGUCAGGGCUGGGGCGAGCCCUUGGAAGCCACGGUCAUCACUACUGCAAAAAGAGAACGGCCAGAGCCUCCCAGAGAACUGAGAGUCCCCCAGUUGGAAGUGACGUCCCGCAGUUUGCAGCUCCACUGGCGUCCAGGAAGCGACGGUUCUUCUCCGAUCCGGUACUUCACGGUGCAAAUCAAGGAGCUGCCAGACGGUGACUGGCAGACAUACUCCUCUUCCAUCAGCCACGAAGCUACCUCCUGUUUUAUUGACAGAUUGAACCCGUUCACCUCCUACAAGUUACGUCUGAAAGCAACCAACGAUAUCGGAGACAGCAGCUUUGGGCCAGAGACAGAAGCCGUGACAACUCUGCAAGAUGUUCCAGGAGAAGCUCCAAACUCUGUGUCGGUGACCCCUCAUACGACAUCCUCCGUCCUCGUGCAAUGGCAGCCUCCGAAGGCCGAGAGCCUGAAUGGUCUCUUGCUGGGAUAUCGCAUUUAUUACCGGGAGUUAGAAUACGAAAGCUCCGGACCGGAGUCCAAGACAAUCAAACCCCCUUUGGCUUUACGAGCAGAGCUGACACCCCAAAGCAUUUUCAAGACUGUGAACAGCAGCUCUGUAUUAACGACAUAUGAAUUAACACAGCUGAAAAAAUACAAGAGAUACGAAGUGGUCAUGACAGCCUACAACAUCGUCGGGGAGAGUCCAGCUAGCGCCCCUGUGGAAGUCUUCGUUGGCGAAGCAGCGCCAGCCAUGCCUCCCCAGAACAUCCAGAUAAACCCUCUUUCCGCCAGCCAGCUGGAAGUCACCUGGGAGCCGCCUCCUGUGGAGAGCCGGAACGGGAACAUUCAAGGAUACAAGGUCUACUACUGGGAAGCGGACAGCCAGAACGAGACAGAAAAAGUGAAGGUCCUCUUCCUCCCAGAGACCAGCAUCCGGCUGAAGAACCUGACCAGUUACACCAAGUACCUGGCUCGCAUCUCGGCUUUCAACGCGGCAGGGGACGGACCCAAGAGCAGCCCUUCGCAAGGCAGGACGCAUCAGGCUGCCCCCAGCGCCCCCACCUUCCUGGCCUUCUCCGAAAUCACAUGCUCGACCCUCAACGUGUCGUGGGGGGAGCCGGCCGCAGCCAACGGCAUCCUGCAGGGCUACCGGGUCAUCUACGAGCCGCUAUCCCCAGUUCAAGGGGUGAGCAAAGUGGUGACUGUUGACAUCAAGGGGAAUUGGCAACACUGGCUGAAAAUCCGAGAUCUUACCAAGGGAAUUACGUAUUUGUUCCGCGUGCAGGCAAGGACCAUCACCUACGGACCCGAACUGCAAGCCAACGUCACAGCGGGGCCAGCAGAGGGAUCCCCCAGUCCUCCUCAACACAUCGUGGUUUCGAAAACAACCUCCGGCCUGACUUUGUACUGGACCGAGGGAGUCUCAGGAAAUGCGCCCACCACCGGCUACGUCAUAGAAACUAGACCCUCAGACGAAGGACUGUGGGACCUGUUCGCCAAGGACAUCCCUCGCAGCGCCACCUCCUACUCGGUCGGCCUCGACAAGCUGAAACAGGGAGUGAGCUACGAAUUCCGAGUGGUGGCCGUGAACGAGUUUGGCUACGGAGAACCCAGCAUUCCUUCUGUGGCUGUAUCAGCUCAGCUGGAUUCUCCUUUCUACGAAGAAUGGUGGUUUCUGCUGGUCAUAGCCCUUUGCCUCCUCAUCUUCCUCCUGCUGGUCGUUUUCACGCUCCUCCUGUACAGCCAGGCCAAGAAGUAUAAAAACUGCAACAUGGGGAAAAACAUCUCCCACACGGAGGAGUCUGUCACCCUGGAUAAUGGGGGGUUUACGGCCCUGGAGCUCAACAGCCGACACCUCAAUGUCAAAAACACUUUCUCCAAGAAGAACGGGACGAGAUCCCCUCCCCGCCCCAGCCCUGGAGGACUGCACUAUUCAGACGAGGACAUUUGUAACAAGUAUAAUGGAGUGGUGCUGACGGAAAGUGUGGCCCUCAGCGAGAAACCCUUGGACGCUUCGGAAUCAGAGGCGACUGAUUCAGACUACGAAGACGAGCUACCGAAGCACUCCUUCGUGAACCACUACAUGAGCGACCCCACCUACUACAACUCGUGGAAGAGGCAGCAGAAAGGCACGAAGCAUCCGGCACCAUACCGGUAUGAGGAGUGCGUGGCGGGUGAGGCGGAGCCUUACUUCCAGACUGUCAUCACGACACAGAGUUCAGGGGGAGUUUACACCCCGACUGGACAGGCCCCCCCAGGCUCACGGACUCCAGUGACAGGUUUCUCCUCUUUUGUCUGACGCCCGGGAGGGACAGGACAGCAGACAGCACUGCUUGGACCGCCUGCCAAGUUUGGAACAGCUGCCUCCACCCAAUCAGAGGACUGUAUGCGUGAGCAUAGGUGCAGUGAACUGUGGGUAAAUUUCUCUUAUCAGGGUAGAAUGGAUGUAAAUGUGAAUGUCUAUUUUUCCCCCCCAAGACAAUCAACUCAUUAAUCACAUGGAGCAGAAUUAGUUGAACUUGUUUUUAUUUUAUUUUUUCUAAAAAAGAAAUGGAAGAAAAAAAAUCCACAAACUAUCAAGAAAUGACAUUUCUAACCACUGGACCGUUGGUGGGAUAUGAUUUAAAGGAGUGUUUUCUUUCGUUUUAUCCUUUCUCUCUCUUUUUUUAAGGACAACAAAAAUGCUUUUAUAACUCUGAUUUGGAAAGCAGUUUAUUAUUGGGGGUUUCCUCCCCUUUUCCUUGCCUUUUCCUUUUCCCUCACAAACAAGGAGAUGAAUUCCACACUUCUAGAUAGGUAGCGCUAUUGUAAUGCAGCUGAAGGUGAAAGUAAACAUUCUAUCGAGCAGACCCCUUCCUUUCUGUUUCAUCCCAGUCAGGUAGGAAAACACAAAGUGUAUGUGAGUCAGUGGGUGGGGGGAGACAUUUUAGGAACGGUUCUCUAUCCCCACUUCCCCUUCUCCUUGCUCCUUCCCAACACCGUCUGAUUCGCUUUCUCUGAAUGUCACAUUUCUCCCCAUGCCUGCGAGGUUCCAUCGCUGGUGGGUUUUGAUCAAACUUAUCUCCUGCCUUCAUUUCGAUUCUGUUCCAGCUGAGCUUGCUGUGUUCCUUUAAAAAAAAAAAAAUUCCCCCGCUCCAGGGGAGUUCCUAUGUCAGCUCAAAAGCACUGUGGAUAGCGGUUGGGGCUGAAGCGGUUGGGGGGAAACAUUUUGCUCUUAUCGAGGGUCCUCGGAUACCUCCCUUUGUAGAUUGCAUGUGCCAAUGUCCAUUGUAAAUCCAAAAAAGAAACACACACCCACACACAAACACGCAAAAGGCAGCCGAGCGAGAAGAGGGCCUUUUGAACGAACGUGACAUUUAGGAAUUCGCGGGGGAACGCGCCGGUUGAGCAGCGCUUCUUUGGUUUUCAAAGGUGUCCUUCCACGCAGAGGAAACCAAUCAGCCUUCCCUCACCCCUUGCCGGCUCCCAAAAAAGAAGUACAUGUUGUUAACACCAAAAUGGUUUGAUUUUUUUUUUAAAAGAAAUGUAUAUUUUUAAUGAUUUCCUUUUUAAAAAAUACAAAGACACGUCAUACUCUG